GCAUCAGAAAGAUACGUGGAUAUAUUACGAGAUAUGAUGUUGUCAUACGAACAGUUGCCCGCAGCGGCUGGUGGUAACAAUAUCGCUAGUGCGCUAAAUCAAGUUUUGUCAGACAUUUCGCAAACAAAUUGCAACGACAAUUUGAAAUAACAAUCGUGCAUCAUGGAAUACUGGUCGAUACUAUUAUUAAUCGUGAUUGGUGCACUUGGCAUCCAUUAUUUGUUUAGAAAUUACAUUUUCUUCAAAAGACAUGGUGUCAUUCAUAUAUCGGCUGUUCCAGUACUAGGCAGCUUGGGAUCGGUUGUAUUUCGCCGAAUAUCAUUCGUCGAUUUCCUUCAAAAGAUAUACAAUUUCAAUCCAGACGCAAAAUAUUUUGGAUUUUACGUCACGACGACUCCGACUUUUUUGCUGCGCGAUCCAGAAAUAAUUAAGUCUAUUCUUGUGAAGAAUUUUGACUCGUUUCCCAAUCGUCGCGGUUUCAGCGAUUUGAACGAACCCUUGUUUGCGAAAAAUCUGUUUUCUCUUCGCGGGCAAAAAUGGCGGGACGUGCGAAAUCUAUUAAGUCCCUCUUUUACAUCCAGCAAGAUGAAAAUGAUGUUCACCUUGAUGUCGGAAUGUGCUGUGAACUUCGCUAAUUUUCUUUCUACAUCUAUACCAGCGGAAAAAAGAGACAUGGACAUAAAAGAAGCUUUCACUAAAUAUACAAAUGAUGUCAUCGCUACGUGUGCUUUUGGGAUCAAGGUCAAUUCUAUGAAGGAUCCGACAAACAAGUUCUAUGUUUAUGGCAAAGAGGCGACUAACUUCUUUAGAACUCGCCGUUUCAUAUUUCUUUUUCUUAGAACCUUCCCGACACUCGGACGAAUUCUCAAUGUAAAACUUAUAGACAGUCAUGUAUCGGAUUUCUUCAAAGAAAUUAUAAAGACUACAAUCGCCACUCGUGAUGCCGAGAACAUUACCCGUCCGGAUAUGAUCCAAUUGAUGAUGGAUAUCAGGGGCAAAAAAGGUCGGAGAGAGCUUGAUAUCGACGAAAUGACCGCGCAAGCGUUUAUCUUUUUUUUGGGUGGCUUCGAGACCAGCUCAACUGUGAUGUCCUUUGUAGCUCAUGAAAUUGCGGCUAACCCAGACAUUCAGACCAAGUUGCGGCAAGAGAUCGACAAGGUUCUGAAAGAGUCAAACGGGGAAAUAACAUAUGAAACUAUUAAUCGGCUCGAAUAUUUAGAUCUGAUAAUAAAAAGAGUGUGCGACAAGGCUUAUGAAUUACCACCCGCAUUACCAGGCGAGAAACCUUUCACUAUGAAGAAGGGUAUGAUUUUUUGGAUUCCGGUUUUCGCGAUCCAUCGUGAUGCAAAGUACUAUGAUGAUCCGGACAAGUUUCAACCUGAAAGAUUUGUAGAUAACAAGAUGUACCACAACUCUUCUUACUAUAUGCCAUUUGGAUUAGGACCAAGAAUGUGUAUAGCCAACAGAUUUGCUUUGCUAGAGGUGAAAGUCCUGCUGUUUCAUCUAUUAGCGCGAUGUGAGCUGAAACCAUGCGCGAAAACUACAUUGCCAUUGAAAUUUAACAAGAAAGAUCUGGCGUUAAUGCCGGAAAAUGGAUUCUGGUUGAAUGUUCAGCGUAGAACCGAUAUUCAUCCUGUACUUGAAUCUAAUAUCUAACGGUGUUGCUAAAUCUUAGAAAAAAUUUUAAAUAAUACUAAUAAGAAAGUUUUUAUGUCAAAAAAAUUUUGUUUAUGUGAUAUUCCCUGAUAGAGACUAUGACAUUUUUGUAACUUAAUACGAGUUAUUUUAUAUUAUAAGCAUCCGUAAAAAAGAUUGUUAAUUUGUAUUAACUGUUGUUUGUUUUGAUAAAAUUCGUAUUGUAAAUGGUUAUAAAAAUUGUUUUUGUGUUUAACAAAUUUGGCAAUCCAAGAUCUUACUCGCUCUAAUUACAUCUGUAAUUGUACGAAUUUUUAGAUUCAUGUAAUUUACAUCUACAUAAAAAUGCUUAAAUCAGAGUUUCGGUGGAAAAGAGAAUACUUUUUAAUGUGCAUAGACAUAUAUAAUUUAAGAAAAUUAUUGCGUUAUAAAUUAUUCUUGAUUGUUUUAAUCACGAAAUACACGCACACAUAUCAUAUAUUGGAAAAAUAAAAUUCGACAAUAAAAUUUGAAUGACGAAUUUCACGAUAAAUCUAGAAAUAAAUUUUAAUCGCAGUUUUUUAUUUUUGAUAUUUACUUCAGCGUAUAUUUUGUAAUUAUUAUAUGGAAAGAGAAUAGUGUAAAAAACUCCAAAAAUAAUUAUAAAAGUGUUUUUGCCACACA